AUGAAAAUCUCUAAAUAUAUAGUGAAUGUUUUGAUUUCUAUUUUCUCUUAUAUUUCUUUUGUUCUAUCAUUUGUCAUCUGUUCAUCUCUUGAAGUUACCAUCGAUGACCAUCCACCAAGCAAUCUCAAGAAGAAAGGGUCUCUGCUACAAGACCAGUUGAGUCAUCAAAUGGUACACAGCAUAAAGCUUCAUGGCAUUCUCUUAUGGGUUUCAAUGGGACUUCUUAUGCCAAUGGGAAUUCUCUUCAUUAGAAUGGGCAAUAAAGCUAAUGAAAAUGGAAGAAAAGUUUAAGUGUUCUUCUACCAUCAUGCCAUUUUCCAGAUACUAGCAGUGGUUUUAGCAACAAUAGGAGCUAUUAUGUCUUUAAGAACAUUGGAGAACUCUUUUGACAACAACCAUCAAAGGCUUGGUCUUUAUGCUACUAUGUGGCUCCAAUUCUUGACCGGCAUCUUCAAGCCCUCUAGAGGGUGCAAAAGGAGGUUGAAAUGGUUCUUGUUACAUUGGAUUCUUGGAACAAUAGUGUCAAUAGUUGGCAUAAGGGCUUAUAAUAAGAAGACAUCAUCAAGCAGAGACUCAAGUCUUUGGACAAAUUGCACCCAAAAAAAAAAAAAAGUCUUUGGACAAUCUUGUUUACAGCUCUACUAUCUUGUCUAAUUCUGUCUAAUUCAAGACAAAAGGGAGCAUUUUCAAAAGCAAAGAGUUUUUCUUGAUGAACUUGAUAAUCAUCAUAACAAUAACACAAAUGGAAGGAGUGACAUUCAAGUGGUAACAAGAAGUCACCAUGAACAAAAGGUUUAUGGUUUACCUUGUCGCAAAAGUAACGCACUUGUGAAUCAGUUUAAAUCGAUUUGA